CGGAGACCCAAGAGGGCCGUAGAGGUCUGGGCUGGACGCCGAGGGGAGGCGGGCGCGGCUGGGCCGGGGGGCGCGGGGCCCCCACGCCGAGGGCCAGCUCGUGUCCAGUCGCGCCGGGACCCGCGGGGUCGGUCCGGCCUCGUCAGAACGCGUCAGUCAGGGGGUGCUCGGCCUGGGCCGGGGGUGCCGGGUGGCUCCGGGGGCCAGCAGUUGUGGGGGCGGCGGCAUCCCGGUCCAGGGCGGGCUCUCCGGGCAGUCAGCGCAGGCCGGGCCAGGCGUUUCGGCCGGGGCCCGCCGGCGGACUAGUGGACAGGCGGGGUGGAAUCACGGCUUCGCCUGGGCCCGCGCCCGCCUGCUGCCCGGUACCACCCGGCGUGCGUCCGGAGCCGGGCCGACCCUGCCCUGGGUCAGCAGCUGAAACCGCCCAAAAGCUGGUCUCCCGAGAGGCGUUGGCGCCGACAACACCCGUUUUUCUGUUUCAUCGGGUUUUAUUUACGUGAGAGCAGCGCUCUGUGAAGUUGGUUCACUGCUUUUUGCUUUCUUAAGUCGAGAGAAGAACCGACAUUUACAAGUAUAAAUAUGGACGCCCAAGGAGGAGAUCCAGUUAAAAUUCAGCAUCAUCCGUUGAAUUCGGGUGGUGCUCGCUCUGCCGUGGCUAUCCGGUCAAUCUUAAGUGAAUGGAUUUAAGGCAGUAAAUUUCCCGGCUACCAGAUGUUUGGUGUGACUCAUGAUUUGGGGGAAAAAGAAAUGGAAUUGACUUUGAGAGACCAAGAGGCAAAACGGUUUUUAAUUCUUUGGACCUGAAGUUUCAAGGGAUAAUUGUCAAGUUAGUCCCUCUCUGUCUUCCCAGAGAAACCAGCUCUUUAAUCUGAAAAUUGACUUCGAAGAGGAAUGUGUGAGUCACCAAAUGUUUCUCCUGCCCUAUGUUCUGUCAUUGGUUAUCUGACUUGUUGCCGAGAGGGGAGUGGAAUGAAAGCCUCUUGCUUUUUUUGGCUUCACGUUGUAUGUUUUGGAUGUUUUUGAUGAGAUACAUGGAUAGAGUUUUUGGUAUGAGUACUUUUCAGUGUGAAGGAUCUGACUUUUUAAAGUCUCAUCUGACUCUUUUUUUUUCUUUUUCUUCUUUUGAGUGAUGAGACCGUUUCCCCAGAGUUAUUUUCAACAAAGUAGAAAAAUUAUGAGCAAAUACGCUGAACAUUUUUCCUGUAUCUGAACUGUUUAGUGGAAACUGGAGAUGGAAUUUGAAGCAGCACUCUCAGCUCCUUGGCUGAGCUAGGCGCUUGUGCUAUAGAUUCCCCUGGAGAUGACAGCAGUGCUUGGCCAGCGCUGGAACCUGAGCCUCCCUGGCUUUGUGCUCCUGAUCCAGGACUGAAGAUAUGGUGGGAGAGGCUGCUCCGCGUGAUGUGACCUGGUGACCCAGAGCUGACUACGGAAGUCCUAGUCUCUGGUGUUUCAUCGGAUGAGCUAAUUGUUGUGCCUUUGAAGAUGAGACCAUGAAGCUCAGGCAGCUGAAACUGGAUAACCAGAGAGCGCUGCUGGAGAAGAAGCAGAGGAAGAAGCGCCUGGAGCCGCUCAUGGUGCAGCCGAACCUGGAGGCCCGGCCGCGGCGGGCAAGGCCGAGGGGCUGCGAGGAGCACGCUCUGCUGGUGGAACCCCAGGCCCCGCACGGCGGCGUCGUCCUGCAGGGUGUGUGCUCAGGAAGCGUCCCCUACUGCUGCCGCAGGGCUCUCACAGACCUGGGGGAAGGCAGAGCCUUUUCAGGCAUUGAUGGUCCUGCUGCCUUCCUAAAGCCGGAUGCUCAGGAUGUGGACACCAGACUUCACGUUCUCACGGUAGGCUCCUCUGCCACUGAGGACACUGAAGGGAGCGCAGAUGGGGAGAGUGCACAGGACCCCGCCUCCAAGCCGGACCUGCAGGAGGUUCUCCGAAAGCACGGGAUCUCAGGGAGUUUGAACUUUGAUGAGGAGGAGACUGAUGGGGAAGAAGGAGAAGGGAACCAACUAAGGUCUCAGUCACCGUGUUCAGAGGCAGAGAGGCCCGGUUCUGCAUCCAGCCAGAAGCCAGCCCCGGGCACAGGGGCCUCCAGGACUGCAUCCCCGCACUCUGACAUUCAGCUGGGAGAAAUGGAGGACUUGGAAGGCUUUGCAUACAGUCCUGCCCCACGAGGUGUCACAGUGAAGUGCCGGAUAACCCGGGACAAGAAAGGAAUGGACCGGGGGCUCUUCCCCACCUACUACAUGCACUUGGAAAAGGAUGAGGAUCGCAAGAUAUUUCUUCUUGCAGGUAGGAAGCGGAAAAAGAGCAAGACAUCCAACUACCUCAUCUCCACGGACCCCACAGACCUGUCCCGAGAAGGGGAGAGCUAUAUUGGCAAGCUCAGGUCCAACCUCAUGGGGACUAAGUUCACCGUGUAUGACCACGGUGUGAGCCCGGCCAAGGCCCAGGGCCUGUUGGAGAAGGCCUACAUGCGUCAGGAGCUGGCCGCCGUGUGCUACGAGACAAAUGUUCUUGGAUUUAAAGGCCCGAGGAAAAUGUCUGUGAUCAUCCCUGGGAUGAAUAUGAAUCAUGAACGGAUUCCUUUUCAGCCACGAAAUGACCACGAGAGCUUGCUUUCAAAGUGGCAGAACAAAGCCAUGGAGAACUUGAUUGAGCUGCACAACAAGUCCCCGGUCUGGAACGAUGACACCCAGUCCUAUGUCCUGAACUUCCACGGCCGGGUCACCCAGGCGUCUGUGAAGAACUUCCAGAUCGUCCACGACAACGACCCUGACUACAUAAUCAUGCAGUUUGGACGCGUGGCCGACGACGUGUUCACGUUGGACUACAACUACCCGCUCUGCGCGCUCCAGGCCUUUGCCAUCGGACUCUCCAGCUUUGACAGCAAGCUGGCCUGCGAGUGAGGCCGAGCAGCCGGAGCAGGGCGCUCUCGCCCCAGGACACCCAGAGCAAGAGGCUGCCCCUGUGGAGUGGUCCCUGGAAGUGUGUGUAUAGAUGUGUGUGGAUUCACAUACGUGUGCGUGCACAUAUAUGUUUGUACACCCCCACUCCCUGGUCACACAGCCCUGGUCAGGGAUCAUGGCUCAACUCGGGUAAGAGGUUUUGCAGAGCACAGAAGUGAUCUGACGUUAUCGUCCAGCCGUCAGAGUCUCAUUUUUGGAAAUUCGCAGCCAGAAUCAGCUUGACUUCCCUUUCCUGCAGACCUUCUCAGAGAGGGAUAGUUCCCUCAGUGACCUUCAGUCUCCAGGUCUGCAGACUUUUUCUGAAAAUGGCCGGUUCAUCCAUGGAGAUGUGACCGUCCCCAGUUUCCAGGGUCUCUGUACUGCCCUGGGCCUGGCGGUCUUCCAAAAUGGGCCUGUGGUCACGAGAGCACUUGGGGGACGACUGCCUCCAGGAGUGCAGGUCGCAGCUGAGGCCUUGUCUGCUGGCCUUGUCUGCUGCGACAUAGCCUUUCCUGUGUCCUGCCCACAGAGGUUUGCAGAGUAUCAUUUACCAUCAGUGGUCAUUCCAAGUCCACCCAACACCUGCCUCACCCACGGGGGAGGGGCCCCGGGAGAAGUGCUCGCUCCCUGCUGUCUUUUGUCAGGGGGCAGGGGUGGGGUGGGGGAGUGCGGCGCCCAUUCCCCAGAGCCAGCCGCUCCACUUGGGGGCUCAGGAGUCACCUGAUCGUGAUCCCCUCUUCCCUCAAGGCUGGCCAACUGGCUCCUGUCUCAGUCAAGGUGGCUGUGGUCCAAUUUGUGAUUAGUGAUGUGAGAAAUUUACAAAUUGUCUUAAUCGUGGUUUAGGCUGGAAGUGUGGACUUCAGAGGGGACCUGACCUGGUCAGGUCAUGGCUGAGAAGCUUUGACGUGGCCUUCACCUUCUCAGCCCCGAGCACCUCCCUCAAUGGGUUACCGUGGAGCCGUUAGUGCAGACACACCUGCCGCCCCAUGGGAGGGAGAGAACCGUGUGGGUGUGUAAACCUGCCAUUGUCACCGUCCAGGGCGAGGCCGCUCAGGCCUCUCUUCUCAACGCAAGUGUCGUUAGCCCCAAGGCCUGGCUCCCCCAGCCAGGUCACGUCCUGUCGCUUCUGCUCGCAGACUGUAAGCGUUCUGCUAUUUUGUUCAGAUUAUUAGCCUCUCCCAACAAAUUGCAUGGCUCUGCUGCCGGUUUACGGCCUGCUCGGGCACCCACAUCCUGACUCAGGAGCGCCAUGAGCUCCACGUUGCCGUCGGUCACCCCCAGGCCUGUCUGCUAGCCUGGUGUUGGGCGGCAGCCUCUGUUGCUCCUUCUGUUUCCUUAUGUGGACGUCCUUUCUGUCCCUGCUUCCUGUCCCUGCUCCACAUCGAACAGCAGUGGAAGGAAAGAGACUGGGGGUGAGCCGACCCAUGGCUCACCCCACCCGCAUGUCCACUGCUCUGUCCUGACCUGGCGGUCAUCUCAGGCUGCGUCCCUCAAGUGCCUCGGUCCUCAGGUGCCCUUCCCCCGCUGGCCUCUCCUGAGGCUGCUCGCUUGCCUCCAGCAGGGGAUAUGAAGUGUCUGGGGAGGGACCUGGUGGGUGGCUGAUCUGACCUGCCUCUUGCCCCAGCUCUGGCGCAGAUACACCCCGGCCUCCUGUCCUUCCUGCUCAAGUGUGCAGGUGAUCAGUUUUACAUAUUUAUACUUUUUGUAUGCUUCAGAAAUAAAAAUAAUUUCUA